AUGAAUGGAAUGAGUGGGGCAAUUCGUUCACCUCCACCGCCAGUUGCACCAAAACCAGCUCACAUCUCACCAAGACCAAGCAACGAUGCCCCAGUGUCGCCUGUAAAGCCUGAACGUCAACAAAGCGAGCAACAAAAUGGAGAGAAAGUGGAGGAUAUCGACGAGAAGAGACUGAAUCGAAAAGCUUAUGAUUAUCUGUGUCGAUUAUCGGAAGUUCGAAAUUGGCUAGUUGAAUGUCUUCGUGAUGAUUCGAUUUCUCCUGCAACAACUCUUGAAAGUGCUCUUCAAAAUGGUGUCCUUUUGGCAAGGAUUGCGAAUUUCUUUGCACCCGAUGUUGUCCCCACAACAGCUAUUUACGAUCUUGAUCAGAACAAAUACGAGACUCGUUUGGCGGCCGAUCCGGAGAACCCGGAAAACGCUCUUGUCUACAGACACACCGAUAACAUUGUUCUUUGGAGGAAAGGACUCGAAAGUAUUCGACUACCUGAAAUUCUCAUUCCCGAAACAGCUGAUGUGUAUGAGGGAAGAAACGCGAAGACAGUUUUUUGCUUGUACGCUCUCGCUCGUCAACUCCAUCGAAUGAGAAGGGCUCCACCAAUUAGGAAUGUGGCCGGAAAAGCGAUAUUCACAAUUGGU